UCUUUGCAGAGUUGACUCAGUAUGUCGUUUAGGCGGAUGUUAAAAGGGGCCAGUGGGCGGAGCUUGUCGGCAAAGCAACCAGAAUCCGACGAGCAAUCCAAGGAGAUCACAGUCCACCCAGAAACCAACAAUCCCACGCGUGUAUGGGACACCAUACGCUACAAACAGAAGGUGGACGUUGUGACGCCUGUUGAUCCAGCCACACCAAAACCAAAAGACCAUGUGAGGUUUGUGUGUAUAUCGGACACACACUCCAAGACCGAUCGUAUACCUGACAUUCCCGAUGGUGAUGUACUCAUUCACGCCGGCGACUUCACGAAAAUCUGCCGGAGGAAAGAGGUGAAAAACUUCAAUGACUUUUUAGGUCACACAAGGUUUGUAUGCACAUCAGAUACCUUCUCUAAGACGACGUAUCUAAGCAAGGUGGUCCCGCCCGGCGACGUGUUCAUUCAUGCGGGAAGCUUCAAUAACGUAGGCCUUCCCAGGGAGGUCAGUGCGUUUAAUGAGUUUCUAGGUACACUACCUCAUCGUCACAAGAUAGUCAUUGCAGGUAACCAUGAACUUACCUUUGACCAGCAGCUCAUGACGGAGAGGAAUAGUCACGUCUUCAUGAGCUUUGCAUCUGCCUUUGAAGGACUCAAGACGAAUGAGUGGAAGGAUAUCAGAUCUCUGCUAACCAAUUGUACCUACUUAGAAGAUUCAGAAAUACAGGUGAUGGGAUUCAGGAUCUAUGGAUCACCAUGGCAACCAGUGUUUUGCGACUGGGGUUUUAAUUUACCACGAGGACAACCCCUACUAGAUAAAUGGAACAAGAUCCCAGAGGGAACCGAUAUACUCAUUACACAUGGGCCACCUCUAGGUCAUGGCGAUCUAGCCAGCAACGGUUGCCGGGCAGGGUGCGUGGAGCUACUAUCCACCGUCCAGCGACGCGUCCGCCCGAAAUACCACGUCUUUGGUCACAUCCACGAGGGUUACGGAGUGACGACGGACGGCCAGACGACUUUCGUCAACGCUGCUAUAUGCGAUGUACACUACCGUCCGUGCAAUCCACCCAUAGUUUUCGAUCUUCCAACGCCUCGGGUACCCACAGUAGAAGCGGAGAGCUCAGUGUAAUAGGGUUUAUUUACACCAGUGUUUUUUCGGUAUCUUCCGACGUAGCAUGUAUGGACAUGGGUGGCAAAGAGGGCAAUAUGAUGAAUGUGUUUACCCUGCCUUGCUGUAUUCUGAUAUUAGGAUAACAGAAAUUUGAUGCAGAGAUACUUUCGCACGGUUCAGUGUAAGAGGUUCAUUUACACCAGUGUUUAUUCCGUAUCUUCCGACGUAGCAUGUAUGGACAUUGGAGGUAGAGAGGGCAAUAUGAUGAAUGUAUGUACACUGCCUUGCUGUAUUCUGAUACCGAGUA